GCGUCAGCACCCGCUUCCAAAGUUCAGAAACGCAAACUUCCCCAAAUUCAAGCUAGGUAUUCUUCAAGCUAGGUAUCCUUUGGUUGACUUCGCUUCCUCUUCACCACUGCCUCCGUCCGACACCACCACCGGCGACCACCAUCGCCUACCCUCUCUCUCUUCCUUCUUCUCUUUCUUCCCCAUUUCUCCAUUUCUUCGUUCCUGCGUGCGACACCCCUGUUCGUGGAGUCACCUUCUGUCCGCGUCUUCAAGCACCGACAAGCAACCACCAGCGGCGGCGACCUUCUGUGCCACCGCGACAUCACCACCACCCCACCACCUCUCCUUUCUUCUUCCUCCUUUCAUCAAUGCAGAUAGAUUUAGCAACAUCUGGUAGAGGAAGAAUUGGAACUUUCAUUGGUAUGUGUAGUAAGUGGUGCAUUUGGAAUAGCAGAUGCUCAUGUCCAAGGUGGAAUGGUGGGAGACCUUUCAUAUAUGCAUCCUGAGUUGCUUCAGUCUUUCCUUGCUGGUGGAGCAGCAUCAGGUGCAUUAACUUCUACUUUGAGGUUAAUUACAAAAGCUGCAUUUGAAAACUCCAAAGAUGGUCUUCGCAAAGGAGCAUUUCUGUUCUUUGCCAUAACAACAUUCUUUGAGCUUCUUUGUGUCAUUCUCUAUGCAUUUGUGUUUCCCAAAGUACCAAUUGUGAAGUAUUACCGAUCAAAAGCAGCAUCAGAAGGAGCAAAAACUGUUUCAGCUGAUCUUGCAGCCGCUGGCAUCCAGACCCUCAUCUGUUUACAGCCAAUCUUAUCAAUGGUUUCCAUACUCUAGAAGGCGCAGAGCUAGCUAAGUGAGCAUUCAGGGCUUUUCACUGAUGGUUUCUUAUGGAGUUUUUUAUGGAGUUUCUUCCAAUGGUUUUCACUGCUGGUGAUGAUUGCGGAUUUUCAAGCUUCCCUACAUUUGGUCUACAGGCCUAUAAGAACAAGUGAUUGGUAUGAUGCAAAACUUAAUCCAAGCAGCUUAGAGGGCCUUCAAGGUUACAAGGCAAGUCAUCCUUUACCACUCAAUUUUCACUAUGUUCCGUAUUUUGUAACAUUAACCUUUAGGUUAAUUAAACGCUAAUUGAUUAAACGUUAAUCUUUGAUUUUUCUGUUCUAACUGGACAACAUAUGCUGAGCCCUAGGCGAAGAAGGCUGAAAAAAUCGUUAAUGGUGGAUGGUGUGGGUGGAAGAAAGCUGUUGAUAGCAAGGGAAAGAAUUUCUUCUUGCAUGUUUUAUAAUCUCCUUCUACCACAGAGGCCUAACAUGAUUUGAUAGGAUCAUUUUCAUGGAGGGUAACAGUUCCUAGUUUGUACCAAUUUUCUUGCAAUGGAAUGGUAGUUUUUCAUGGUUGGAAUUUGAUAGUUUAGUUAAUUAGUUGACUUACUUUUGGGUUGGUGUUUUUAACUGGUGUGACUGUAGUCUAUUAUAUAGGAUUUAUCGCUGUUAUCUAUUUGAGUUACUUGGACAAGUAAAUGAUGCCAGCAAAGGAUAUUCCAAGAUAAUUAGAGUAUUAUUUUAUCAUCUUAUUAACUUUUUUACUUUAGAGGAAUUUGAUCCUUCAACUAUAAUAGUUAAUUUUUGUAAUAAUGAUUCUUUUAAGUUUUGUAGUUUAAUAUUUUAGUGCUUUUGUUAAGAA